AUGGUCAUAAUUUACCCUUUAAGAAACAAUGGUGUCUUUUUUAUGUUAUUAUUAUUAUUGUGGAUUCUCGUAUCCGGUGUUUUUGUUUGGGCACGACCAGCAAGUUUUGAACAAGACUUUCGUGUGACAUGGUCUGAGUCCCAUAUCAAGCAAAUUGACCAAGGCAGGACAAUCCAACUCAUUCUAGACCAACGUUCUGGUUGCGGGUUUGCUUCUAAGGUGAAGUACAUGUUUGGACGUGUUAGCAUGAAGAUCAAACUUGUCCCUGGAGACUCUGCUGGCACUGUAACUGCAUUUUAUAUGAACUCGGACACUGACUCAGUUCGUGAUGAGUUGGAUUUUGAGUUCUUGGGGAACCGUAGUGGACAACCUUACACAGUUCAAACAAACAUCUAUGCUCAUGGAAAGGGUGAUAGAGAACAGAGGGUGAACCUUUGGUUUGAUCCUGCUGCUGAUUUCCACACUUACUCAAUCUUGUGGAACCAUCACCAUAUUGUGUUUUACAUUGAUCAAGUUCCAAUAAGAGUGUACAAGAAUAAUGAAGCAAAGGGAAUACCAUACCCAAAGAUGCAAGCAAUGGGAGUAUUUACAACAUUAUGGGAAGCUGAUAAUUGGGCAACAAGAGGACCAUCUACAUGUGGCAACAACCCAAGAAACUGGUGGGAAGGUGCUGAAUAUGAAACUCUAAAUGCAAUUGAAGCAAGAAGGUACAGAUGGGUUCGAAUGAAUCAUAUCAUCUAUGAUUAUUGUCAAGAUAAAUCUAGAUAUCCAAUCACCCCACAUGAGUGUUUUGCAGGCAUUUAA